AUGGCAGUACGAGGUUUAUGCAAGAAAGCGCCUCGAGUAACAAAUGCCCUGGGACUGGAACCGAAUAAAAUCAGUCAAUCAGAAAGAGAAAAAACGGAUCUACCGGUUCAUGAGGCAGAUCCGGGCAGGAGGCUCGAGUCGGAUGAGCCACUCGAAAGGGAGGGAAAAAAGGCAAACAGCUGGUGUGAUGACGCCUCGGCAGCUGCAGCCGCUGCUGGUGAUGAAGAAGCACAAAGGAUGCGUGCACAACUCAAGUUCUGGCAACAGUUGCGUCAGGAUCUCGAGAAAGCUCGUCUUCUUUCAGAGCUUACGCGGAAACGGGAGCGCGUGAAACGCGAUCUUUUUCGCAUAUUUGCUGCUGAAACGGAACUGCGUACGCAGCCCCUCACAGUUUUGCUAAGACGGCUUUUGGAAGCAAUUCAGGAAAAGGAUCGACAGGGCUUCUUUCUGCAUCCGGUUGGAGAGAAUAUUGCUCCCGAUUAUCAAUCCAUCGUUAAGCAACCAAUGAACUUCUCUUUGAUGCAAGAAAAAGUUGAUUCGAUGGCUUAUUCAUCUGUUUCUGAGCUCGUAGUCGAUUUCGAUUUGACUUUAUCCAACUGCUUUUUAUACAACCAGAAGUCCUCUGUCUACUGCAAGGCUGCGAUCAAGUUACGUGAAGAGGUAGCUCCAAUUAUCAAGGAGUUUCUGGAAAUGGAGGCUUAUCUCGGGUUUUGUCCAAAGACUGGUCUCUUUCUGGAGGACAUUGCAGCUGCAAACGACUCUUCGCCUGCUCAAACGAUGAAUGUCGCCGUUACUUCUGCUGAUCAUAGUAACACUGUAAGUAAUGCAACUGUGAUGGAGCCUAUCGAGUCGAAGAAAACUGCACCAUUUUCGCCUGGUUCGAAGCAGGACUCACUUCAGAUUUGCCGAACCACCGCGUCUACUACUAAUAGUCUAAAGGCUCUUGAUUCCACUGCAGGCGAAAUCGCCACCCCUGUAGAGACAAACUCAAAUUCAUUAUUUCAUUCGAGCAAUUCGAAGUCGGAACCGGAAACUCCCAGUCCAACGAGGCGUAGUCGUAGGCCUACUCGAGCCUCUCAAUUGCUAAUGGUGUCCGGGGCAAAUGAAACAGAAGAAUCGGCGAACACUUCAUCUAAGGUGGCGAAAAAUGUUUCUUGCAAUGGGACACGUAACACCGUUAGAUUAUCCAAUAGCCCAACUACUGGAGCCACUGUAGGCCGCGUCCGGCGUUCCGCAGCUGCAGCUAGUUGUGCCGUGGACGCUUUGCCUUCGGUCUCAAUUUCCUCAAAACUCUCUUCUAAACCCAGAUCGCGUCGUAGACAAACGAAUAAGCUAGCACUUAGCUCAAGGCCGGGAACCAAACGCCGGCCGUCUUCUGGUUUACCAAGUAGUCCUAGUACUGGCAACAGCAGCAGUGACAGUAGUUCUAGUCAUAGUUCAAGCCAAUCGAGUUACAACGAUAGUCGACCCUUGGCUGCUCUUCGAUCAAAACUCGUGGCUUCUGCUAAGCUGAACCAGCAGAGAAAGUUAUCCAGUCGUCGCCAAUCUAAUGAUCGUCUUCGACGGUCUCGUCCGGCUAAACAGAUACGCAUGAGUCCAGAAAGUGUUCCAGUAUCUUCUGAGCCAUCUUUUCCUUUAGAUAGGCAACUUGGUGGCCUGCAAUCAUUUACAACAGUCGGAGGAUCAUCUAGUUCCAUUCAAACUGGCAAGGCUGCAUAUCUUCAGUAUGCCCAUCUUCAGCCCCUACUCACCAGCCCAGAGGCUCCCGUCGCCACAAUGCCAUCCAAUAUUACAGGCACCAGCCCAAACAACGGCAUCUGUAGUGGUAUUGUCACGAAUCCAGCUGCAUGGUGUCCUCCUGCUCGUGUCGGGGUGCUCUCUGCAUCUGCCUCUGUGUGCCGGUUAGCACUCGGGGGGAGCAUAGGAGAAUCGGAAGUUCCCUCUCCGGGAGGCCCUGCUUUCACUCAGUAUCGUUCCGGCUCAGCUUCAGCGGCUUUUCGACACUCAGCCUCCCGUCCUACCAACAAC